AUAGCUCUAAAAGAGGCCUUCUCAGUUCCUGGAAGUGGUCACAAUGGCCUGUUGGAAAUCAAUAAAGACCAGUUCAUAGACGCUUUAUCUUUGAUACUUAAUAAGGGUUCGCGUCAAGAAUAUGAAGAAUUAUUUGAUAAAAUUGAUGUGUCUAAUGAGGGUGUCGUUGAUUGGGACGAAAUCGCGUCGCAUUUUAUUGCUUAUUACCAAGAAAGGGACGAGCGAAGUAAUUUAAUAUCGGUUCCAAAAUGGAGUGAUCUAAAAUCUUUCAAAGUUGUCCACAGAGAUAACAUUCAAAGAAUCGCUAUGAUUAGUAACCCUGAUCGCUAUAUGAGUGUUAGUAGAGAGGGGUUAAUAGUUACGUACAAUAUCGAUAUGCACCCCAUUUCUGCUUAUAAAAUUACAACGGAUUUGUGUAAGCCGCGUGAUCUGUGGGUUGCCGAUGUAGUUGCCUUACCUAAUUUAAACAAGUUAGCCUGCUUUCUCUCAACUAAAGAAAUCUUAUUUGCGAAGUUGGAUUUGAAAUUGGAAUUGGCAAUACCCAUAAAAAUGGUUGAGUUACCUUCUGCCCCUCUUUGUGCAGAUUACUGGCAUAAUCCGGAAAACAAACACGAUUUUUUUCUUAUUUGGGGUGAUGUUGAUGGAUAUAUAAAUAUCAUAUUUUGGAAAAAUGUUCAGUCAAAUCUUUUUGAGUACCCUAAAAAUAUUCUUCAAGAAAAAGAAGACGCUACAAUUGUAGUCAAUUAUCAAACUAUAAUGAGGGAAUCGGCCUUGUCAGCGAUAAAACGAUUCAAAGCUCACGAUGACUGGGUAAGACAGGUCCAAUAUAUUCCGCAAUUGGAUUGCAUUAUAAGCUGUUGUACGCAGCGGAAAAAUACGAUAGCAAUUAGCUGGCUCGAGAAACCAUCUCAAUUAUCAGAAUUGGCCCAAGAGGAGGCAUUUGCAAGAAAUCUUAGUCAUAUCUCAAAUAUUGAGGUGCAUCAGGGUGUAAAUGCAUUUGAUUAUCAUUCUGGAUUGAGUUUAAUUGCAAUGGCGGGAAAUAAUUGCCAAAUUGCCCUCUGGAAUCCUCAUGUAACAUCCAGGUCUAAUGCAGUAAGCCUAAUCAAUUUUUAUAUAUUUAAAAUGCUUUUGUUACAUCCCAUUCGCGCUGCAUUAAUACUUUCAUGCUCCGUUUUUACGGUAACUCGCAGUGUAUGUUACACAAAUAAUCCUUGA